AUGCGCAACACGACCCUCCUGUCCACCUACUCACAGAGUAUCUACUCACCGAGAAGUCACACCUUUGGACUUAUUCAUCCCGACGGAAUGUGCGUCUAUCUCACCGAAGAUCUACUAGUUGUUGAUAUAAAUCUGAGUGGCGAAAUUAAUACGCUCAAAGUACCAUUUCAAAAUGCCGAUGAAAAUUGGCACGCUCUUAAAAUCUUGCGAACUGGAUCUCUAUUGAGAGUCCGCCUUGACUCAGCAAUCUACGAAAAAAGUAUUUUAGAAGAUGAAACUUCCAACCUCCAGUGGCAAGAUGGAGAUGAAAUGGCCGUAUUUGUUUAUCUGGGUGGCGAAAAUGAGGAUUUUCAGGAUGAGGCUUUAGAUGCAGCAAAUAUACUAAUGCGAAUUCAGGAAGUGGAUGUUGGGCAAGAGAAAUCAACUAGGAGAGCUGCAUUUGUUGGACAAAUUCGCAAUUUUAAAUUCACUGGAAUUGAUCCUCUAACUGAUCCUCAAUACUUACUUGAAACUCCAAUGCUUAAGUGGCUUCCUUUGCCUUCUGAAAUUCAGGUCAAAUAUGCCGUAACCUUGAAAACUCCGGAAUGCUAUCUUCGUUUGCCCCGGAUAAAUAUUUACGGAGCCUUUCGGUUAUCAUUUGCAAUAAAGACAAAGCAGGAAAAUGGAAUUGUUCUUUUCAACUCUGGAGGAGGGGAUUUUAUCUUAAUCGAAAUUGUGAAUACGCAGUUAACCAUUUCCUUUGACAUGGGACAUGGUGCAGCUUUGCAAUUUCAAAGAAUUGGCCAAGGUCGCCUCAGUGAUGGUAGAUGGCAUCGGAUUAUCAUCUCCAGGAAUGGACAAAUGGAUGAAUAUCUGCGAAUAAAAAUAAAAUCCGCAUUCGAAGAGGAAGAGGAACACAACAUCACAAUUCCUUCGGUGAAUACGGCUCGAAAUUUUGACUUUAAGGACCCACUUUACAUUGGGGGCAUUCCAUCCAAUGUAAAAUCCAAGUUUUCAGAGAGAAUUAUCUCAAAAUAUGGCCUUCAGGGCUGUGUGGGUGGUCUUGAAAUCAAUAAUCGAACAGAAUUGGAUAUGCAGAAAAUGGCAGAAACAGUGAUGGGAGAGAACCGUACGAACGCUUUCUGUAAAUCCCAGGUGGUUCAAGGGUGUCAUGAUCGACCCUUUGAGGCGCCAAUAUGUGCUGAACAUGAGCGAAAAAAUCGUCUUCCAUACUGCCUGAAUGGUGGCGUUUGUCUUCAUUUUUGGACGUCGCUUAGGUGCGCCUGUGAAAUGACCACUUUCACGGGCAGUCGCUGCCACCUGGCUGGCACAUCAAUAAAAUUUGGUAAAAGUAGCAUUGAUCAUGCUGAUGAUCCGAUAUUCGUGAAAUUUACGUAUCUCCGUUAUCAGCAAAGUACAAAUCGGGAUGAAAUUGCGUUGGGUCUUCAAGUUGACAAUCCCUUCACCACUUCACUUUACACCCUUCUCUACAUCGACUCUCAAGAAGACAACGCCGAUUUUUUGCAUAUUUAUUUGAACGAUGGAAUGGCCAGUCUUGACUUCAAUCUUGGUGGUGGCUUGAUUCAGCUUAAGGAGACUAGAAAAUUACUAAAUGAUGGCAACUACCAUCGAAUUCGUGUCUUCCGCCAUGGGCUUUUCACACUCUUGGAGGUCGAUAAUUUGAUUACUAAGCAUAUCUCUGAAGGUAUUCAGGGAGAACAGUUUAAUAACCAGAAGUCUAUUUGGUUGGGACAUUCUCCAGCUACCGGCAAUGCCACUAACCCGUUUCUCGGUAUUCUUUCAGGCGUCUUCUACAAUGGACUACUGUUGUGCGAGUUAGCAGCUGGUCUUUCGCAGAGGGAAGAUGUACAUGUUACUAGGCAUCCGUCCACGCAAUAUCUUGCAAAUUUCCAAAUUCAACUCGGCGCAAAUCCUUAUUUUAGACAAUUACCAAGCUCCGAUUUAAAAGAUCUGGAAGUCAACUCCUAUCAUGAUGAGGACUCUUCCAUGAAUAAUAUAGCAAAUUUAGUUACUCCACUUCCAGCUCCUCCAAAGACACCCUCGUUCCCAACCGGCACAAAAUCACAAAUUAUAAAAGAAUGGACUCAAUUUCCAUCAGGGGAACAGUCAUCUGAAAUAAUUACCGGCGAAACAACUAAUCUAUACCAAGGCCACGUCAAUACUUGGCUUUUUAUCUGUUUUGGAGCUGCAGGAUUAGCUCUAGUGACGUCUCUUCUCUUCUUUGCCUUCCAUUUUUUCCAUAGACGGCAUCGAGAGCAGGAGCACUCAACGGAUCAACAUCAACCAGCGGAUCACCGGUUAGGUGAAUAUGUAAUAAACGCAGCAGGAAAUAUCAAGUCAAUGCAAAUGAAUUGA